UGCUGGCUGGCUAAACAGACCGUUGUCUGGCCAAAGGCGCUAGCAGUCGCCACCGGCCCUGCUCCCAAUCCACGCUGCCAUGACAGUUCUUCUGCGUGUCGCGGCGAGUGCACUGAGUACCAACGCGUUUAAAGAGCGCCGCUGUUGAACACUCGGCUGAUGUACUUAUCUGCGUUGCACUGCGAAAAGAUCGACCGAGAUCCGAUCUCGGCUCGUUAAAGUGCUGGAGCUGCAGCGAACCAACUCUCGUACGAGUUGACUAGGUCGGCCAGGCGCGGCCGCCCUAGGUGUGCUGAUCAUCAUCACUAUCAUCACCAGCGCGAGUCUCGCGAAACGCGAACGUGCGUCGUAGAUAUCCGUGUGUAAAGUGGCGCGUGUUUUGACGACGGUGUUGUCGAUGUAAUGCGUGUUCCGGAAUCCCCCACGCACGCACGCACGCACGUCUGGCUCGCUGUCAGUUUCGGAACACUAAGUACUAGUCCGUAUCAAGACGCUUCUCCUGGAUUCGGACGAUCGAUGCGCCUCGUCAAACCUCAUAGGUGCGAGAAAUCGAGACUGUUCGCGAUUGCGUCGCGUAAGGUCGCACGUCAAGCACAUUCAAGCAAUCGAGAAACGAGAUAUCUCGUAUGUUAUCUCUUUCUCGCGUUCGGUUUGGGAACGUUUAACGAGUGAGGAAGAUGUUUAACUUUAUGAAGAAGGCCGCGGAGAAGGACGACAAGGAAAAGCGGAAGCGCGAGAAGAAGGAACGGAAGGAUGUCAAAAAGCGCGAUCGCAGCAGCAUGUCCGCGGAGGAGCUUUUACGAUUGGACGAGGUCCGUAGAUCACUGAAGAUUCCCGGUCGCCGGAAGGAGAAGGAGAAGCUACCGAGCGGUAUCACAGCAGAUUACAGCGCGUCUUUUUUCGCGCAUCUGGACCGCGAUCUUCUAGACGCCACGCAGAAUGCAGACUCGGGUCCAGGCUCGACGAUCAGCGCUGGUACCAGCAGUUGGUCUAGUGUGAGAACACCCGACGGUUUGAUGCAGAGCGACUCGUCGGAGGCAUCUCUCACCUCACUAACGACGACCACAACUACAUCGUCGACGACGACGAGUCAUGCAGGUGGCAAGAAUCUGCCGCCAUUGCCGCCGAAGCCGCCCAAGCGAGGAAUUCUCAAGGGGCCUCGAUUGAGUGUCAACAGCGGCAUCGUGAGUGUUCUUCCGGAGGAGAACGCGCUGCCGAAUGGCACUGAGACGAGUUACCAGGAAGCCAGCAAUCUGCUAGUGAGAAAUACUCUUCAGAAUGAGGUGAUAGCGUAUCAGAACGUGCCGACUCAUUUCAACAGCGUCCUAAACAAGGACGAGACCUGCAGCGAGGAGGAGACAGUGUGUCAGGCCACGUGGCGCGUGGCCACUACGCCGCAACAGACCGUACUACAACAACAACAACAGCAACAUCAUCAAAUCGACGCCAAACUGCUGCAGGUCGUCACUAGUGCUAGUCCAUCCGCGGAUUCCUUGACGGACACGACAAACUCGAGUUUUGCCACGCCACCGUUUAGUUUGUCGCCUGUCGGCGAGUCCCAGGGUUUCUCGAGGUGGCGCUCAUCGGUCUCCUUCGAGGAGCAGGGGAUCGAGCUGCAGCUGCCGGAGCUCGUGCCGCUCGAGUUACCCGAACCAAGGGAGCUCACCAUUCAGAGGCAGCCGCCGCCGCGAAAUGAUUUCGGCUUUUCCCUUCGUCGCGCAGUAAUCGUCGAACGUGCGGCAAAUGGCGUCACGCAGAUGAGACCGGUAAUCUUCGCUGAACCCGGCGCCCUAGUCCAGCAUAACAACGACACGGGUCUAUUGCCCGGUGACAGGCUGAUCGAGGUCAAUGGGAUCAACGUCGAUGACAAAUCGCGCGAGGAGAUUAUCGAUCUCAUCAAGAGCUCCGCCAGCAGCGUCACUGUGAAGGUGCAGCCCGUCGGCGAGCUAUCGGAGUUAUCGAGACGCGGCGGCUGUGACGGACGUCAAGUCGAAUUGGCAUCUGCAAAUAUCCGCAGCGGUACGCUUCGUCGAUCCGGCAGUUUGCGGUUUCAUCAAAAUACAGCGCGAUCAGAGGAACAUUUGGCACAAGAACAAGCAUGGCUAAGUUCCGAGAAGGUCUGGUUAUUGCACCGUGGAGGUUUCACUCCAGCCACAAAGUGCGGUUCCGCCGAUCCCGAUACAGGAAAGCUGAGAAUUCGAUUGACCAUUUCUGGAGAAGAGUUGCUUGUGGACGAGGAAGAUGUAGAGAAGGCUAAUCCACCCCAGUUUGAUAAAGCCGAGGAGCUUUCCCAGUUACGGUUCUUGAAUGAAUCGUCCGUUCUCCAUACGUUGAGGCAACGUUACGCCAGUAAUUUGAUACACACAUAUGCGGGAGACAGCAUGAUCGUUAUUAAUCCGGUUGCACCAUUGGCAAUUUAUUCGGAAAAGGUCGCGCACAUGUUCCGAGGUUGCAAAAGUGAAGACAUGCCACCACAUAUUUAUGCGAUAGCGCAGUCGGCUUACCGAGGAAUGCUGGCAACACGCAGGGACCAUUCCCUUGUUUUCCUCGGACGUAGCGGAGCGGGAAAAACUACGAACUUCAAACACGCUCUUCAUUAUCUCGUACUAGCUGCUGGCACAGUUAACAAGAUCUUGACGAUCGAGAAACUGAACGCGCUCUUCACAGUUCUCGAGGCCUUUGGAAAUAGUAGAACGCAUAUGAAUUCGAACGCGACGCGUUUUACGCAACUCUUCAGCCUCGAUUUCGAUCAGUCGGGUCAAAUCGCUUCGGCUUCUCUGCAAGUGCUGCUACUGGAGAAAUCGAGGAUAGGCCGACGGGCCAACGGGGAUCCGACUUUUCAUGCCGUUUAUCGUCUGCUGGCAGGCGCGGAGGGUGCAUUGAGAAAAGAAUUACAUCUUACAAAUCUAGUCGCCGAAAAUAAUCCCUUCGUCACACCGCUGCAGAAGCACGAGGAUAAGCAACGGGCUAUGGUCGAGUUUAAUCGCAUCGUCGCCGCGUUCAGGAUACUCGGCAUCUCCGAGGCCGACGAGAAAGUCAUUUGGUUGGUGCUGGCCGGCAUUUAUCACUUGAGCUGUGCCGGCGCCGUGAAGGCCGGUACUAGUUCGCAGAGCAGGUGGCAAUUCGCCAGGGUUGAAUGCGCGGAGAAAGCCGCCAAUCUGCUGGGCACCACCGUCGAGGAGCUGAGCCGAGUGGUCUUUUCGUCCAAUGGAGGUGGCGCCGGAACACCAAGCACUCCGAGACCGGCUCUGAGAACACCCAGCCCGACCGAGCAGGGCAAGGAUGUCACGGGGCUUGAUGCGCUGGAGGGAAUUCUGGUCGGACUCUAUUCCGAGAUCUUCCACUGCGUCGCGGCUCUCAUUAAUAAAUCCAUAUCAUCCGCUGUACAUACAGUUUCAUCUGUGCUGCUGUGUGAUUCGCCAGGUUUUCAAAAUCCUGCUUCGUGCGGCCGGCAAACCGGUGCAACUUUCGAAGAUCUCUGUCACAAUUAUCUGCAGGAGCGUCUGCAGUUACUAUUUCACCAUACUACGUUGAUAGCUCCGAAGGAUAGAUACGUUCAGGAGGGCAUUGAUGUAGAUUAUGAAGACGAUUACGACGAGGACGGCAUCGGAUCGCCUCAAGGUUUAGUUUCUCUUCUGGAUCGCGGAAGCUCGCAAAGCGCGACGAUGUUGCGAACUAGUCAAAGCGAUCUUAGCAGCAGUAGGCAGAUGGAACGAAAAGGAUUACUCUGGUUACUGGAUGAAGAGACUGUGUGUCCUGGAGGUAGCGAUGAAACCUUCCUAGAUCGUCUAUUCUCUCAUUACGGAGAUCGAGAUCACCAAACACUUCUGCGAAAAGCGCCGGGCAACAAUCAAUUCGUUUUGCAACACUUGUUGGGAACAAAUCCUGUGCUUUAUACUGCCACCGGUUGGCUUAAAGCCACGCGCGAGAAUCCCGUUUCCAAGAGUGCCAUCACGAUACUUCAAGAAAGCACACGAGAACACAUAAGCAAGCUGUUUGUAAAUGCCCGGGGUGCCGGUGUAUCAGGCGCUUUAUGCAGUUCCAUGCCGGGACUCGAAGGCUCGCAAUCUUUGAGACGCGCCUCGAGCAUACGAAGAACGUUUACGGCUGUGAAAAGGAAGAACGUUUGCCUACAAGUGAAAUUCACUGUAGAUGGUCUCGUGGAAACAUUACGGAGAACACGCGUGAAGUUUGUGCAUUGUCUUUUACCUCAGCACAAUGCUGGUUGUACCGACAAUAAAAGCCUACUCUCCGUGAAAUCGAAUCAGAGCGAGGACAGUGUCAUUAAUGUGCCUCUUCUGCGAUCGCAGAUUCGCGGAAGCCAGAUAGUAAACGCUAUUCGUUUACACAAAGUUGGAUUUCCGAAGCAUAUGGCCCUAGGUGAGUUCAGACGUCGAUUCGGACUACUGUCGAGUGACGUGAACGCUCGUCCCGGAAGUCCUGUCACCGAUGAACGUCGCGCUGUCGAAGACAUGCUGCUCACCGUCGAUGUCGAUCCUGCAUCUUAUCGAGUUGGUCAAAGCCAGAUAUUCUUCAGAUCGGGCACUUUGGAACGAUUGGAAGCUCAGAGGGACGAGAAACUCACAGGCCACAUCAUUCUACUGCAGGCGAGAUGCAGAGGCUAUCUAGCGCGGCGCAGACUCAAUACUUUGAAAUUGCAGGAUCUUGCAGUGCGCUGCAUCCAAAGAAAUGUGAGGAAGCUAAUGUCCGUACGAGAAUGGCCUUGGUGGAGAUUGUACGUGAAAGUCGCGCCCUUGUUGAACGUUCAUCGGACCGAAGAUCAACUAAAGGCGCGAACGGAAGAGCUCGAGCUUCUCAAGGCAAAAGUGGAACGCUUGGAGCAGGAACGAAAUCAUCUGAAACAUGACAACGACAAAUUAGAAGCGAAGCUGAGCGAGAUGACCGCAGACUUUGCCGAGGAGCAUUCUACGUCGACACUAGCGGCGGAGAGGAUCGAUGCCGAGACAUCGGAGCGUCUACGACUCGAGCGAGAGUUGCAGGAUGUAACCGAGGCUAAUAAAAAUCUUCAACAAACGACCGAACGGCUGGAAAUGGAACUGUUAUAUGCGAGGGCUGCCGAUUUGAAUGGGGUAGCUUCCGAUGGCGAGGAAGGCGAGGACGGCGGUGUUUACAGGCAACGAUAUGAAAAUGCCAUUCGAGAACUUGAGUUUACGAAAAGAAAAAUGGCACAGCAGCACGAGGACGAUCUAGAGCAGCUGGUAGGACUUAAGAAGCAAUUGGAGAAGAAGUUGGCCGAUGCUUACGAAGAGGUGGAGGAGCAACGACAAGUCGUCGGACAGUGGAAACGACGAGUUCAAAAACUGAAUGGUGAGAUGCACGAUCUCAGAUUACUGUUGGAAGAACAGACCGCUAGGAACAAUCUCCUUGAGAAGAAGCAGCGCAAGUUCGAUUCAGAAACUCAAAACCUGAUGAACGACCUUAGGCAAGAGAAAGCACAGCGUGAAAGAUUAGCGAGAGAGAAGGAGAUUGCGAUCGCGGAAAAAUUCACAGUUGAGCAAAAUCUCAGCGACGCAAGACUAGAGAUUGAAUUAAAGGAGGAGAGACUUCGCACGUUGACUCAAGAAUUGGAGGAGCUCACUUUCGGUGGCAAAACGGAAGAGGAAGUCGCGCAGCUGAAGAAAGCAAAACACGAACUAGAGAAACGCGCCAAGGAUCAAGAAGAGGAGCUCGAUGAUUUAGCUGGUCAGGUACAGCUGCUCGAACAGGCAAAACUCAGGCUGGAAAUGAGCAUCGAACAGCAGCGUAAAGAGAUGCGUAAGGAGAUGCAACAGCGCGACGAGGAACUGGAAGACGUUCGCGGAAAUGCUCACAAAAAAGUUAAGGCCCUCGAGUCGCAGUUAGAAAACGAGCACGAAGAGAGGACAAUUCUUUUGAGGGAAAAGCACGAAUUGGAACGCCGUUUGGUUGCUUUAGAGGAACAAGAUCGAGCCGAUCGCGCAACAGAAGCCGAGACUAUGCAGAGACUGAAAAGAGACCUGAAGAGGACAAAGGCCUUACUCAGGGAUGCGCAGACGAUGCUUGAAAGAUCCAAAGGCGAUUCGACGGGCAAAGCCGCGCUGCGUCAAUUGAAAAAUCAGUUGGAAGAUGCGGAAUGCGCUCGAGCAGCGGCUAUUAAAGCGAAACAAGCGUUGGAACAGGAAUUGAAUGAAACGCAAGCGAGUCUAGAGGAGGCUAUGCGACAACGUUCCGAGGCAGAGGAGCGGGCUAAUGCGGCCAAUCGCGAACGCACGGAGUUGCUGUCUCAGUUAGAAGAGAACGAAGAGGAGCUUGCUGAGGUCUUAAAGAAAUAUCGAGCCGCCGUGCAACAAGUUACCGCGGAGCAAAGCCAAUUGCAAGAAGCACAAGUGCAAAUUGCCGCACUCGAGGCAGAAAGAUCAUCGUUGAAGGACCAAUUAGCGGAAUUGGCGCAACGAUUAGAAUCAGUGGAGCAACUCGGCGAUCCUACGGCAAAUAGUCUUGCCACGAGACGCUUGGAAUUCCGAGCUAAAGAGCUUGAAAGCAAGCUAGAACUGGAACAAACCACAAGAGCGCGUUUGGAGACGCAAAUAGCACGAUUGAAGGAGAGCGUAGAUAAAUUACAGACAGAAUCAGCUUUACUUAGAACGAAAGAACAGACUGCUCAAGACGCGGCAAGACGACUGCAACGAUCCUUGCGCGACGCGCGCGACGAAGCCAGCGCGGCAAUAUCGCGCGAACAGGAGGCCCUACGUGCUCGUCGCGACACAGAGAAAUCUUUGGAAGCCGCAGAGGCUGAGACUAAAGUGGCUAGAGACGAUCUCAGAUUAGCGCUACAGAGGAUCGAUGACUUGCAGAGCGCAAUUCAAGGUGAACUCGAUUUGGAUUGCAGCGAGGAAGCCACCAGCGAGAAUAGUGAUAGUGAUUGAUCCGAGCCGUUAUCGGACCUCGGGUCCGAUCAAAACGACAAAAACAUGAUUGAAACAGAAUCAAUGGAGCAGAUAAUGGAUGGAUCUUCCGAUGGGCGUACCGAGACAUCGAGCAGAACGUGAAAUUGCCCGUAUUUAGCGUAUACGACCGAAACUUAUAUGAAAGUGAGAAACUAGAAUUGUAGUCCGGAGAGACGAAAGACUGGUGAAAUGAUUACGAAGAAUGAUGAUAGCUCGAAAUCGCGAUGAACUUUAAUCAUGCUGCUUGAAUGAUGCUACUAAGGAUAAUGCUAGCGUCCUAUUUUCGCUAUCAUAGAGAAUAAAAUUACUAUGAAAGCGAAUCAAACUAGCGCGGAGGCUAGCCGUUGAAUAACGAAAUCAAACUUACGAAUUAAAGUUUGAGCUGUGGAUCAAGCUAAAAUCACUAAACUAAUCAACUGUGUGUAACCACACACUUUCUCUCUAUGCGAGCAAUGAUAACUUUUUAGGUGCUAACUAUGUAUAAUUCUCAGAAAACAAUCUCGAUGUCGUGGCUAACUUCAUACGUCGCAUCGUACGCUUAAUCAUGCGUCUGUGGUGCUAUUAUUUUGUCCGUUUUUCUUCUUUCUUUUUUUUUUUAAAUCGUCGAUGAUAACGACAUCGUCCUUUUCCAGUCUUCCACUAAAAUUCGAGCCAUUUCUUCAUAAACGCGAAUGCGAAUAUUGAUGAAAUUGUGCGCAUUCUGCCGAACAAAAGUCGAAAUACAUCCGAGAGAAAAAGGAUUUUUAAUACAGAUAUAACAAAAUCUUUAUAUCUUUAUAUCUUUUUAUUAGGUAUGUAUAAAUAAAUAUCUUGCAAUGAAUUUUGCGAAGCAAUAGAUUAAGACUUUUUUGAUUUUAAUAUCAUUGUUGCAAGAUUUUAUUUUUUAUAGGAUAUUCGUACUUUUGUUCGUCAGCGUAGAGAUAUACGCCGUGCGAAUAUUUUCUCAUGUAUAAUUAGCUCGGGAACAAUCUUGUACGUAGGAAAGGACACAUUAUGCUUUUUAUUCUUACAAUUCUUACUAUCUUUAUAUUUGUAUAAAAAGAAAAGAAUAGAAAGGAGCACGACAAAGGAACGCGUGCCACGACUCAAAUUAAGGCUUUGGUUUUUGUGUAAGGAUUCUCGUGUAACUUAUUGCUUUGUAAAAUGCAGAUCUCCUAUUUAAUUA